UAAAAAAAAAUAUAUAUGAAAGCUUCUGUCCCUUAAUAACUUUUUUUUAGCUUGAAACGGUGCUGCCAGACUGAUGACUUAAGAAAGAUGUGGCAAUUUCUAACUGGAAGCCUUUAUAGCAUAGUGCCAUACCUCAUGAACUAUCUCUUUAGCCUCACACCGGCAGGACAGGAGCUGCGGAUGGUAUAACACUCGAAUCUGAGGACCACUGGAAAUAUCUGGAAAGGGCCUUGGUGGUGCAGCAGAUUAAGUGCUGUUAUGUAGCACUUAGUUGCCAGCUGCCUGCAAUUAGUGCGAGUUCAAAUCUCACCAGGCUCAAGGCCUUGACUCAGCCUUCCAUCCUUCUGAGGUCGAGCUUCCAAGGGCUCGUAGCUCAGCCGCCUCGAGGCCCAGCGAGCAUCUCUUCUUGCUGGCAUCCAGUUCUCGAUUAAGGCAUCCCUACCAGACUGUCUCUCGACGUGGGUCCAGGCGUGCAACGAUCGGAAGGCGGUUGCCAUAACAACGACCCGAAUUUACUCCAAAAGAAUUCAGUUGGGCAGCUUCCGAUUGGCCGAUUCUGGGCGUUCCUUCUCUCUUCAGCCCCGCCCGCCGGAAAGCUUAAGAUUCGAGCUCGGUCUUUGCUGACGUCGCUUCGUCAGAUAUUUCUGAUAUGAAGAAACUUCUGUUGAUUGAUGCUGAUUGUGGUGUUGAUGAUGCUCAAGCUAUCAUGAUGGCUCUUGCAAAUCCCAGUGUAGAAGUCCUGGGGAUUACUUGCACUUAUGGGAACACCCUGUUGGAAAAUACAUCUAGAAAUGUGCUCCGUGUGUUGCAAGUUUGUAAUAAGCUUGAGAUUCCAGUUUAUCCUGGUGCUGCUGCUCCUCUACUUGGUGGACCUGUUACAGGGGCAGAGUUCCAUGGUAAAGAUGGAUUGGGCGAUGUUCCUGAUCCUAAUGCCCCAGGAACAGAACUUCUGCAGAAAGAAAAUGCUGUGACUGCAAUAUUAAGAAUAAUCAAUGAGCGGCCAGGUCAGGUAUCUCUGGUUGCUCUUGGUCCACUGACGAAUAUAGCACUAGCAGUGAAAAUGGACCCAUCACUUCCCAAGAAACUUAAAAAUUUGUUCAUCAUGGGAGGAAAUACUGAAUCCAGAGGAAAUAUUAAAUUGUGUGGAGAAUUCAAUUUUGCAACUGAUCCUGAAGCUGCUUACAUUGUCUUAAAUGAGUACACCUGCCCAAUGUAUAUUGCAGCCUGGGAGUUCACCUGUGCCUGCUCACGGCCCUGGGAAUUCUACCAUGAAUGGGUGAAUCAGAAUACUGAGAAAGCCAGAUUCAUGAAGAAAAUAUUUGCUCAUUCUUUAAAAAUCGCAAAACCUCACUUGGGCUUUGUUUCUUGUGACUCUUAUGCUAUGGCUGCUGCCAUUGAUGAAAACUUUGUCAUGGAAGUCACAAUAAUUGGUGUAAGUGUUGAGCUCAGUGGCUCUCUAACUAGAGGAAUGAUGGUAAUGGAUUGGUCUGACCAUCUGAAAAAGGAACACAAAGCAUUUGUAAUGAAAAACUGUGAUUUAGGGAAAUUCCAGGCACUUAUGAUGGAUGCUUUGAAAUAAAAUGGGCUUAUGAAGUUCUGUUCCAAAUAUUUAUGUUAAGUUACUGCUGCUGGGCAAACCAAAAUUUGCCUGAAACACUAUAAUAGCUGCCCAUGCAAAAGGUUCUAAUUGAAUUCCUUUCUAAUUGUUCUGAAGAAUAAAAUUAUCUUUUAACAUUUUUGCCAGCAUGAAAGAUAUACAUUGAACUUCUUUUUCUCUUCCUUUGCACUACAAUUGAAAUCCUUACCAAAAUCCUUUCCAGUCCCACCUUAUCCAAGAAAAUGUGGUGGAAUGUGAUACCUAGUGGCAAAAGGAAGAGGUCUUUCCAGGGGUGGGUUCUACUUACCUUUACUAUUGGUUUGCAGUGAGACCGUGCGCAUGUGCUCUUUUUGCUCGCGCGCACACACUUCUGCGCAUGCACAGAAGCGUUUUGGUGACAUCGGGGUCGGUGGGCGGGGCCUCCCGCUGGUUUUACUACUGAUUCUAUACAACCGGUGUAAACCGGGGGCAACUCACUACUGGGUCUUUCCCAAGGAACUAAGAGGCAAAUCAGCCUGGAACUCUUGAUAUGCAGGAAGAGGUCCAGAGUAACUUUUCACAGGGUAUAUCUAAUAGUAUCUAAUAGUUAUGCAGAUUGUGCUUUAGUUUGGCAAGAUUCCUGUCUAAAGGAGAACAACAGUAAAGAAACUACUCUGAGCGAA